ACUGACGGACCAAUACAAAUGACACUAUGGCAAUCAGUAUGUUAUAAUUUGAGGGUAAUCGGUAAAUCACAGUUUAGAGUUCUGUCUUAAAUUGAGAUUUGACAAUAUUUUGUCACACCAUUCAUCAAAUCAUAGGUUUAUUAACAACUAAAGUGUGUUUGAUGGCGAUAGUUAGACAGAUGAACUACGAUACACGAGGUUAAGCACGAGCUUUGAAGGACUCCCCAGUUUUCUAAUCCCGGUUGAAUCCCCAUGCUGUUUCAGGUCUUUUCAUUGUUUGGAAAUUUAGCGAAGAGAAGCAGUGAACCUUUGGCUCUGUUUUGCACAACCUGUGUAAUGGCGAAGAGUAAGUUUGAGUACGUGCGCAGCUUUGAGACUGAUGACACGUGUUUACGGAACUGCUACAUCGUCGUGCGGUUGGAUGGUCGCAAUUUUCACAAGUUUGCUGAGCAGCACAACUUUACGAAACCCAAUGAUGAUCGAGCUUUAGGACUGAUGGCCCGUAGCGCACGCUCCAUCAUGGAGGAUCUGGAGGACAUUGCUAUAGCUUAUGGGCAGAGCGAUGAGUUCAGCUUUGUAUUUAAGAGAUCAACCAACUGGUUCAAAAGAAGAGGAAGUAAAUUGAUGACCCAUGUGGCAUCCCAGUUCUCCUCCAGCUAUGUGUUUUAUUGGAAGGAGUAUUUUGGAGAGCAGCCGCUGCUCUAUCCUCCAGGCUUUGAUGGCAGAGUUGUCUUGUAUCCGACCAAUCGUAAUCUAAAAGAUUACUUAAGCUGGAGACAGGCUGAUUGUCACGUUAACAAUUUGUACAACACUGCUUUUUGGACACUGGUGCAAAAGGGUGGACUCUCUACAACUCAAGCAGAGGAGAGACUAAAUGGAACUUUGUCUGGAGAUAAGAAUGAAAUGUUGUUUUCAGAGUUUAAUAUAAAUUACAACAACGAAUCACCUCUACACAGAAAAGGCACCGCACUGAUUUGGGAAAAGGUUGAUGAAACAUUGACUAAAACAGUCUCGUUGCCCAAGGAAGGAGAAAAAGAGGUCACUUUUACACGGAGCAGAAGAAAAGUUACAGCUCUUAACUGUGAUCUAAUUGGAGAUUCGUUCUGGGAAGAACAUCCAGACAUUUUAGAGGAAGACGGCUGCUGAAUAUACACACAACAAAAAGACUGGAGCUGGACCAAUAAAUGUUUUAGUGUCAAACAAACCUGAUAUUAAGAUUUUUACAGAAAAUAAAAGGUUUAAAUUUA